UGUCCUUUGGUCACGUGUGAGUUCGUCAGUCCUGUGGCAUCUGCGCUCGUGAUCCAGAUGGGCACACACCAGACUUUGACGACGAGACUGUUUGGCAGAGCGGCACUUCUCCUUAAUCCCCGAGGGUACCUUGCCGCCGCAGAACAAAAAGUGGACCUGAGUAUUCGAGUUUGCCUUUACAGGUACCCUGGCAGCGAGCUCCACUGGCGACUUUUGCGAGUGCCUUCAAGCCGCUGCUGCUGCCGCAACUCAAGCCGUGGGGCGCAAGAGGAAGCCAGCCAACCAGCCAGUCAGGCAGGCAAACUGGCAAGCAGGACAACGAGAGGCGGGCGGUGGUAGUAACGGCGGCGGCUUUGCCAGCAGAACGAGUGUCCGAGUGCCUCCCGCUCGGCUUCGCUUCCUACCAGAAACGCCCAAAGGCGAGUCGGCUGGCCCUGCCUUUUCCUGCGCCUCGACCCAUAGCUUCACCGUUGCACGGCGUCCUUCAUAAAAACCACCGGCUGACGUCGGCCGAAGGGCACAAGCUGAGAGACGCAGGCGGGAGUCGUCGGAUAUGGAAAAGCCGAGAAACAAUAAUUAGACAGUAAAACUACAAGGGUGGCUCCUCUAUAGUAGUGAGCAUCAGCGUCAUCGGUGGCGGCAGUAGCAGCAGUGGCCUGCUAAAGCCUCAAACCGAAGGAGUGAAAGAGCAAACGAGUAGAGGAAGAACGAACGCAGAUUCUUGUCUUCUUUUGGUAACCACAGUAAUAACAAUAAUAAUACGUGAGAAUGUAUUAUUCGUUUGCCUCUCCUUUUGCCGCGCUGGGAAAUGCUGGGGCAACCCGGUCACCGGCACGGCCUACCGAAGGCGCAUCUACAUUCCCGCUCGAUUUAUCGUCGAAGACUCCUCCUCUAGCAGUGCCUCCGCUGGGCGCACUGUCCUGCCCAAUGACAGCAGCUCGGGACCUGCUGGACCACCAACGCGCUUUAGCUGCAUCGAUGCUCGGCUCUGCGUUUCCCGAAUGGGCGCCUGGUCUCGCUGGCUCCGCUACCGAGCUAAAGGCUUCAACUUUUGACAGCAGCAGUUGCAGCAGCAAGACAGCUCCUUUGGGACUAAACCAGCAGCCGGUAACGGCUGUAGCGGCCGGUGCAGCAGCAGCUGGUAGCAUCAGCAGCACCAACAUCAACAGUAGCAGCAGCAUUACUACUACCACUAGCUGUAGCAGUGGCGGCAGUGACGGUAGCGCUACAAGCAGUGCUUUCCUCGAGCAGCAGAAGCAGCUGGCAGCGCUCAUGUUCUCCUGCCACGCGCUCGUCGACCCUGUCGCCGUAUUUCGAGCAAGGAGCCUACAGGCAGCUCUUGCAGGGGCUGCUGGAGUACCGGGAGUAACGGCUGCAACAGCCGCUGCGGCGGCGGCGGCGGCAGCGGCCGCUGCGGCGGCAGCAGUGCCCCCGUCGACACAGACUGGUGCUCUUACCAACACUAGCAACCCGUUCGUACCAUCCGUCUACCCACUGGGGGAUUUGUGGUCUACGAGGAACUUUGAGCCGGCGCUACCCCGCAACGAUGAGGGGUCGACCAUCAAACCGCACGUAUCACAAUCGUCACCUCAGAAGCCGGUGCCUCAGGUACAGGCACAACUGGCAGCGGCUGCACCAAAAGCCCCUGCUAAAACUGAAAAAACCUUUCAGCCGUGGAAGGACGACGUUGGCUGCCCCACGCCAACCAAGCCAAGCAAGCCCAAGAAAACGCCGUUCAACAUCGAAGCUCUCAGCAAGCCCGACGAUUCAACGACGGCAGUCACAGGCGCCGGUGAGUGCAGCGCAACUAAGGAUGAGGAGGCUAAAGAUUUCAAGUUUAGUUUGCAUCCGAAAAAACGAAGACUAGCUUCACCUGACAUUCCCGAGGAAGCAUGCCAGACUAUCAACAGUAUCGCCUCCAGUAUCCCAGGAAUUGCCAACAUAAAGCCUAAAAAGCGAGCCGUGCAGGUGUUACAGAAGUGGGAUGAGCCAGCCGCAACCUCCUCGGUUGCGAACUCAAGCCUACCACUGCAGCAGAGUUCACCUUCGCAGCUAGCACCGAUCACAGCAGCGGGACCCGUGACCGUAGUUCCCGAACAACUGGAGGAGUCCCUGCUUCACCGUGCUGCUCGCACCGGCAACCUGGUGAGUCCUGCAGACAAGCUCCGUAGUAGGAGUAGAAGGCCCUCUGCUUGGGGAGCAUUGCCCAAUGCUGUUGGCCUGGUGGAAAGGGGGAACGGGUUGAGCUGAGAAGUGGAAGGCAGUUGGGGACUGAGAGGGGACGGGGGCUAAGACCUCCGUUCUUCGUUUCGGGGUCUUGCUUCGAGUUAGGAAAGCGGCCGAGUCCUCCUUGAGGCAAGGCUCCAUCCACUAUGGGAUCUGUCGCGGGAUCUAAAGCCCUUCCCCCCUCUUUCCUCCUCUCGCUAGCUGCGUCCGUCUCCACCCACACGCUACUACUAUUACUACCACUACAACUACUACUACCCCCUCACUUCCCUCGGUGCUCCCUAGGUCCUACUACCACCACUGCAGCACGACACAGCCUAAGCCAGCCGCCUGUUUCGAGUCGCCACUACUGCUGCCGUCAACACACAGAUCCUACACUCCCCAAACGCCUACACACCCAUACACAUGACCCCCGUUUAGACCCACCCGUUAGCCAGAGUAGUACAACCGAACGACCAAGCUGGUUUCGGCCGAAGGUCGCAGGCCGCACACAGGAGCCACUACCACCAUCGCCGCCUACUGCUAGUGGUUGGACGGAAGCAACCGACUCAAGCUGGCCCAAGUACAGGAUGGCUGCUUGCCUGUCUAGCAGUCGGUGGCUGGCCGGUCCCUGGCUGGCUGGCUGCUGAGGGAACUCCAGUGACUCUAGGGGCCAGUCGAGCGGCAACCUCCAGUCAACCAGCUAGCUAGCUCGCUAGACGAGCUUCUCUCCAUCCCGAACAGCUUCAUCCUGUUUAGCGAGUCAGUGUGUUUGCUGGCUUGCUUAACCGCCCGCCUGUCUGCCCUGCUUUCAGCCGCCAUCCUACUGCUAGUCCGCCUGCCAGGAAGCUUAACUCGGCCUGGUCUGUUCCAGUCAGUGACGUGGUACGCUUUCGCGAGUCCGACCGGCUGUCAUUCAGGGGUUCUGGCAUUGCUGGUUACCUACACUGCCAUACGAUCACUGCCACAAGUAACUGUGAGCAGCGGGUUAGUGUUGAAGGUUUGCCAUCUUAUGGCAACGUCACGAUGAUACUGUGGGUGAUGGCAAUGACUGCAGCAGUUGUUGUUGUUGUUGUUGUAGAAGCCUCUGUUAAAGUAAUGCUGUCAGUUCACCAUGGGGGCGCUCUAGCAACUAGAGCUACUGGCACGCCGACUCCGCCGCUCCGUAGCUGACAGGACAUCUUCUUUCCCAUAACGUUCCAAUCGGCCACCGUUGUUGCUUCACUCAUUCACACUCGCGGUGAACUACAUCUAUGCGUUCUCUGUGGCUUUGGCCAUAAAGCGUUUGUGAGGCCGCGCUCUUUUUCGCAAGGAUCGGGACGGUGCAUUUACCAGUAGCACUAUCGUCAUCUAGAGCGAAUCCUGGUCGCAAAUACAGACGACAGCCUGAUCGCCGGCUGAGCAGACAGGCAAAACAAGUAUAACAGCAGCUAGCAUCGGCAAAAAAAAUUGUUCCUUCCAAGAACUGAUACCUCUUUGGCGCUAUUAUCUUGCUUUCAUUGUAGUAGGUCUCGGCUUUUCUUUGAGGGAGCAUUUUCUCUACGGUCUAGCCGUCUAUCUGCAUGUCCACGUAUUAGAUGUCUGAACAUUAAUUGCUUGCUAUAAAACAUAACAACCUUUAGCUCGUAUUUAGUGGUUUCUAAGUGGCCUAGCAAGGUUGACGGUGACGAUGACUCAAUUUAUUAAGUAUUCUCUGGGCUAGGCUAGACAUCCAAUUAAAUGUCAUAAGUAUUUUUUCUCGAAGAGCAUCCAUACAAACGAGCAGAAGAGCUAGCUGGCAUGCGCCCAUAUUACUAGUAGGUACCAUCACGGGAACAAAACGUCGAAUCUAAAUUUUAUGCAGCAUCUCACAAGUUGCAUUGGCUACCAACUUGAUGUCUUAAGUAUGGAAAAAAAGACAACAAGUAUGGGAAAAAAAACUUGACGAUAGGUAAUCGUUCUAUAAAUCGCUAAGCUCUUCGUUAGCACAUGAAGAAAUCAAUGACUCGAUGUCAGCUUUAACAUCUACCCAUUUCUAGCUGUUUUUUCGACAAAGUAUAGACCACUCAAAGGUGUUGCACUUAGAAUAUUGCAGUUGGGUCGUGGUCGACAAUUUUUACUAAGAACGAUAGAGCUUAAGCAGCUUCGUUAACAGUAAUAGCAAUAUGACCGACUUUAGGUCACUUACGGCUGAGCAUAUAACUGGCCAAAAUUAGUCGCAAGUCGACGACGAGAUAUCAUAUGAUUUUAUGCGCAAACGUGUUAUCGAUGCCUACAAAUGAUCGUGAAACAACGAUAGCAACUGUGAUAGUGGUGGAGAAGAAGAAUAGUGGAAAAAAAUAAAAAGUUUAACAAAACAACGACUUUUUACAAGUGAAGAUAUAGAAAUUUAGAUUGCACAAACGAAGCAUUUUAUCAGGGACAAACUGUAGGCAAUAAACAGCAAUAGCAUUUAGCGGUCAGUCGAUCUAUGCUCUUCUCUCUCCUUUAUAGUAUAGUAGACACGCAACCCAUCGGCCGAAACGCGCCGGGGAUCGUUUCAGCACGAAAAGACGGAAUUGUCACUAUGGGUUAAAAGAGAACAGAAUGUAUGCUCUACAGAACUAUUCAUAGGGC